AUGGUAUGGGAGGAGAUUCGGACUAGUCAGAGUGUGGUUCCUUGGGCUAAUAUUGUGUGGUUUCCUCAAGCUAUUCCUCGGCAUUCGUUUGUCUUGUGGCUACUUAUAAAAAAGAAAUUAAAGACUCAGGAUGUUAUGAUGAGCUGGUCGUCCUCGGGGAAUAUGAACUUUAAUCUAAUGUGUUGUUCCUUAUGUACGUCUGGUCCAGAUUCUCACGAGCAUCUCUUCUUUGAGUGUUCAUAUGCUUGUUGCAUAUGGCAUGGUGUGCGAGAUCUAGUGGAUAUGGGAACUAUUGAUUCAUCUUGGGAUGCGGUUUAUAACCAUUUACUUCAGCAUGCGGAUUCGAAGAAGGUCCUUCAUAUUGUUGGUCGGCUUGUGGUUGGUGCGGCAGUCUACUUUGUAUGGCAAGAGAGAAACCAGCGGCUGUUUUCUAGUAAGAAGAGGAGUGCGAGCCAGCUAGUAGAGCUCAUUCUAAACACGGUCCGGAUGAAGUUGCACUCUAUGAAGUUCAAAAGAUCAGUCCAAGCGACGAGAGUGUUACACUUAUGGAGCUUACCGCGAGGAUUGUUGAUAGACGAUGAUGAUUGCGGCUAA